AUGGAGGUCGCUCGUACCUCCAUGAUCCAUGCGGCUGCCCCCCAUUUUCUUUGGCCGUUUGCGGUCCGCUACGCUGCGCAUCAGCUCAACCUCUGGCCUCGUGUCUCCUUGCCGGAGACCUCGCCCACACUGCUGUGGACGGGUAAGGUUGGCGAUGCGUUGGUGUUCCGGGUCUGGGGUGAUCGUGCCUUUGUCUGCGAUACCACCGUGGAGAAGCUCUCCGCUCGCGCCAUUCCAUGCGUCUUCCUUGGCUUUGUCCCUGACGUGCCUGGCUGGCAGUUUUACGACCCCGCCUCGCGCCGUAUCUUUGCGUCUCAGGACGUCACCUUUGACGAGUCCGUCCCCUUUUACCGUCCUCCCCAGGUAGACCCCCUCCCCGCACCAGGUCUUGCUCCUUCUGGUGUUUCUCAGGUAGACCCUCCCGUGCCUGCGCCUGUUGAGGUCACUGGUGACUCAGGUCCUGCUGGGGGUGGUCCUGCUUGGGGUACUGUCUCUGGGGGUGCGGAGCUAGGGGGUGCGGAGCCUGAGCAUGAGGAGCCUGGGGGUGCUGAGCCUGGGGGUGCGGCGCCUUAG